AUGGCGGCCCCAAAGAUGACCAAGAACCAGAUGCGAAGGGCUAAGAAGAAGGAACAGAAGAAAGCCCAAACAGAGACUUCUACUGCCAAGACCGAGGAACCUACCGAGGCCAUCAAAUCCGAAGAAACCGAUGCCGCGCCCGAAUCCACGACGACAGACCUCGAAGUGAAAAAUGAGUCUAAUGCUGGAGAUGCUGCUCCUGAAGAUGGCUCCGCGCUCGAUGCAGAUGAUCUGGAAGAGGAUCCUGCUUAUGCUAUGUACAAGGACAUCUUCAACAAGUUCGGCGCGUCGAUGGAAGAGGAUGAGAUUGCCAAGGAGGCCAACGCUGGAAACACAGGAACAGUAUUCUAUGCCGACGAUGACGAUAUCCCUGAUGAGGACGAAGAAAAUGCCGGUCAACCCAAACUAUCGAAAAAGAAGAAGAAGCAGCUCACCAAGCUUUCCAUCGCAGAGCUCAAGGCUCUCGUCAAGAUCCCUGAAGUGGUGGAAUGGCAAGACGUCUCGUCGUCAGAUCCUCGAUUGCUUGUGCAGAUCAAGGCUCAGCGCAACGUUGUGCCAGUCCCGACACAUUGGUCCUUGAAGCGAGAGUAUUUAUCUUCGAAGAGGGGUAUCGAAAAGCCACCUUUCCGCCUUCCACAGUUUAUCGCGGAAACGGGUAUCACGGAGAUGCGCGAUGCAGUCCUCGAUAAGCAAGCAGAACAGUCGCUGAAGCAGAAGCAGCGCGAGCGUGUUGCUCCCAAGAUGGGCAAGCUGGAUAUCGACUACCAAAAACUCUACGAUGCUUUCUUCCGUUUCCAAACCAAGCCCGAGCUCACCCGGUUUGGUGAGGUUUACUACGAGGGCAAGGAGUCCGAGGUUGACUAUCAACAUUUCCGACCGGGUGAUCUCACCGAGGCCACUAAGGAAGCCCUCGGAAUGCCCCCUGGCGCACCGCCACCAUGGCUCAUUAACCAACAACGAUUCGGACCUCCCCCAUCCUACCCUACUCUUAAGAUCCCGGGUCUAAAUGCGCCGCCACCCGCCGGAGGCUCAUGGGGUUUCCACCCUGGCGGUUGGGGCAAGCCCCCCGUCGAUGAGUUCAACAGGCCAUUGUUUGGUGGUGAUGUCUUUGGUCUCGCAGCGUCAGGCGCGCAAGGUCAAGGGGCAGCGCAAAUCUUGACGGGGGCUGGUGAGCCUGUUGAGAAGAAUCUUUGGGGUGAGUUGCAGCCUCGUGAAGAGGAGUCAGAAGAAGAAGAGGAAGAGGAGGACGAUGAGGAAGAAGAGGAGGACGAGGAAGAUGUUCCUGGUGGAACUGAAACGCCCAGUGGCCUCGAAACCCCUGGCGGUUACGCUAGUACAGCGCAAGCCGACUAUGGACAAAGCGUUGAGACAGCUAUUGAUGGCGAGAUGGACCUACGAAAGGAACGUCGUGGCUACGAAACAGAAGAGUCAAGCGCACCCCGAUCCGCCUACACCAUCUUGCCAGAGCGUCAAGUGCGUGCUGAAGGUUUCUUUGGUAGCGACAGGGUAUACGAUCUUAAGCAGGCUCAGGCAGCUCAGCAAGCUGGCUUGCCAGUUCUUGGUGCUGAAGACGACUCGCGCAAGCGCAAGAAGCCUGGCGACAUUGACGUUGCCCUCGACCUUGACUCCAUACAAAACAAUGACGGCAUCAGCAAAGAUGACUUGCGGCGCAAGUUUGACGAGGGUAAGAAGGAAGAGGGCGUCGGUGCCAAGUGGGCAUACGACGACGACCUGAGCGAAAUGAUUGCCCAGGAGAGCCGAAAGAGGCAAAAGACAGAGGCGGAACUUAAUAAGAAGAAAAAGGAGGGCAAGAGCAGAUUUUAA